AAAUUUACUAAUCUCUUUUCUACAUAUACGCUCAUCCUAAAUUUUAGGAUUGUUCUGGGUUUAACAGUAUAGCACAUUGUUUUAAAUGGCUUGCAAAGGUAAACUUGGGUGGAAUACUUAGAAACCUAAACUAUAGUUUCCUAUAGGUUCUGUGACUAUAGUUUGUAAUAUUUCAUUUGCAUAUGUGUGUCAGCUAUCUCAAGGUGGUACUUUUUAUUAUCUUUAGGGAUGAAAUUUACUGAUUUGGUUUUGAUUUUUAAGUUUCUUUUUUCUUGUAUAGCCCCCUGAGUAUAAUGGAAGUAGUCUUUGAAACCUUAAAGCUAGGGUGUCUGACAUUUGCAAUAAAUUACUCUUUAAACAGCAAUGUAAAGUUUUAAAACGUAGCAGUUGUUUCUGUCCAUUUGCUGUACCUACAGUUUAUAAAAUUUUGUCAGAAUUGUAUUUAUACAAUUCUUUAUACUUUUCUGGCUCUAUCAAAAGGCUGACUAGAUAAUCUAAAAACCCUCUGCUUCAAAUCACCUAGGAAUGCUAGCUAAAAUACAACAAACGACCAUUUAAAUGAAUAGUUGAGCUUUCAGGAAAUUAAGGGAAACACUCAGGAUCCAAAAGUGAGAAAAAGACUGAAAAACAGAAGAGUAUCCUUAAAACAUUAUACCUGUAGCAAAGCUGUAGAUGAAGAAAAGAAUCCAUCCACCAGCACUGGGAGACUACAGAGAAGCUUGUGACUAUUAUAUGGUUAAAAAGAUUUUGGAGGAAAACAGUUCAGGUGACUUGAACAUAAAUUGCGUAGAUGUGCUUGGGAGAAAUGCUGUUACCAUAACUAUUGAAAACGAAAACUUGGAUAUACUACAGCUUCUUUUGGACUACGGUUGUCAGUCCGCAGAUGCACUUUUGGUGGCAAUCGACUCUGAAGUAGUGGGAGCUGUUGAUAUACUACUUAAUCAUCGGCCAAAACGAUCAUCAAGACCAACUAUAGUAAAACUAAUGGAGCGAAUUCAGAAUCCUGAGUAUUCAACAACUAUGGAUGUUGCACCUGUCAUUUUAGCUGCUCAUCGUAACAACUAUGAAAUUCUUACAAUGCUGUUAAAACAGGAUGUAUCUCUACCCAAGCCCCAUGCAGUUGGCUGUGAAUGCACAUUGUGCUCUGCAAAAAACAAAAAGGACAGCCUCCGACAUUCCAGGUUUCGUCUUGAUAUAUAUCGCUGUUUGGCCAGUCCAGCUCUAAUAAUGUUAACAGAGGAGGAUCCAAUUCUGAGAGCAUUUGAACUUAGUGCUGAUUUAAAAGAAUUAAGCCUUGUGGAGGUGGAAUUCAGGAAUGAUUAUGAGGAAUUAGCCCGGCAAUGUAAAAUGUUUGCUAAAGAUUUGCUUGCACAAGCCCGGAAUUCACGAGAAUUGGAAGUUAUCCUAAACCAUACAUCUAGUGAUGAACCUCUUGACAAACGGGGAUUACUAGAAGAAAGAAUGAACUUAAGUCGUCUAAAACUUGCUAUCAAAUAUAACCAAAAGGAGUUUGUCUCCCAGUCUAACUGCCAGCAGUUCCUGAACACUGUUUGGUUUGGACAGAUGUCAGGCUACCGACGUAAGCCCACCUGUAAGAAGAUAAUGACUGUUUUGACAGUUGGUAUCUUUUGGCCAGUUUUGUCACUUUGUUAUUUGAUAGCUCCCAAAUCUCAGUUUGGCAAAAUCAUUCACACUCCUUUUAUGAAAUUUAUUAUUCAUGGAGCAUCGUAUUUCACAUUCCUGCUGUUACUAAACCUAUAUUCUCUUGUCUACAAUGAGGAUAAGAAAAACACAAUGGGGCCAGCCCUUGAAAGAAUAGACUAUCUUCUUAUACUGUGGAUUAUUGGGAUGAUUUGGUCAGACAUUAAAAGACUCUGGUAUGAAGGGUUGGAAGACUUUUUAGAAGAAUCCCGUAAUCAACUCAGUUUUGUCAUGAAUUCACUUUAUUUGGCAACUUUUGCCCUCAAAGUGGUUGCUCACAACAAGUUUCAUGAUUUUGCUGAUCGGAAGGACUGGGAUGCAUUCCAUCCUACUCUGGUGGCAGAAGGGCUUUUUGCAUUUGCAAAUGUUCUAAGUUAUCUUCGUCUCUUUUUUAUGUAUACAACAAGCUCCAUAUUGGGUCCAUUACAGAUUUCAAUGGGACAGAUGUUACAAGAUUUUGGAAAAUUUCUUGGGAUGUUCCUUCUUGUUUUGUUUUCUUUCACAAUUGGACUGACACAACUGUAUGAUAAAGGCUAUACCCCAAAAGAACAGAAGGACUGUGUGGGCAUCUUCUGUGAACAGCAAAGUAAUGAUACCUUCCAUUCGUUCAUUGGCACUUGCUUUGCUUUGUUCUGGUAUAUUUUCUCCUUAGCACAUGUGGCAAUCUUUGUCACAAGAUUUAGUUAUGGAGAAGAAUUGCAGUCCUUUGUUGGAGCUGUUAUUGUUGGGACAUACAAUGUCGUGGUUGUGAUUGUGCUUACCAAGCUGCUGGUGGCAAUGCUUCAUAAAAGCUUUCAGUUGAUAGCAAAUCAUGAAGACAAGGAAUGGAAGUUUGCUCGAGCAAAGUUGUGGCUUAGCUACUUUGAUGACAAAUGUACAUUACCCCCACCUUUCAAUAUUAUUCCUUCACCAAAGACUAUUUGCUAUAUGAUUAGUAGCCUCAGUAAGUGGAUUUGCUCUCAUACAUCAAAAGGCAAGGUUAAACGGCAAAACAGUUUAAAGGAAUGGAGAAAUUUGAAACAAAAGAGAGAUGAAAACUACCAAAAAGUGAUGUGCUGCCUAGUGCAUCGUUACUUGACAUCCAUGAGACAAAAGAUGCAAAGUACAGAUCAGGCAACCGUGGAAAAUCUAAAUGAACUACGCCAAGAUCUUUCAAAAUUCCGAAAUGAAAUAAGGGAUUUACUUGGCUUUCGGACUUCUAAAUAUGCUAUGUUUUACCCAAGAAAUUAACCAUUUUCUAAACCAUGUAGAGAAUAAUUUUCAGUAAUAAAUCUGAAAGAUUGGAUUUGCAUAAUUUGCAAUUAAAUCAGUAAGAUAUAUAUUGAAUUAAAAUGAAGAAUUAUGUAAAAGCCAUUCUUUAAAAUAUUUAUAGCAUAAAUAUAUUAUGUAAAAUAUGUAUAUAGGAUUAGUUUUUUAAAACCCUCUAUUAGUAGCUUUUUUGCAGGUGCAAAACAGAUUAAGUAGAUAGAUUUUGUUAGCAUGCUGCUUGGUUUUCUUACUUGAACAGUGCUUUAAAUUUUUUUCUUUUUAUGUUUAAGAAGGGCAGUUAUAAUUGUGCACAUUGCCAGAAGGUUUUGUAAAGUGAAGAUCAGCAAAUGUGUGCUGGUCUCCAUCCAUAGGAUACACUUGAAAUAUAGUUAAGUCAUGGUUUUUAAAAUCUCUGUUUUAGGAGUUCACAUUAGUUCAGUAUUUAUUGUUUAGGAGUAUAGUUUAAUCUAAAAUAAUAGUCUAUUUUUUUUUAUUUUGUUAUAAUCUUAAGUAACAAAGAAAAACCUCUAAUGGAUAUUUGAAUCUGUUUAUGUCUCUAUAAAUUUUAAGUCACUUCACAGUUUUUGUUAUUGUAAUAUAUUUACUUUUACAUGGUUGUAUUCACUUUAUAUUUUUUGGUUUUUCACUUAAUAGUAUUUUAUAUAUACAUUUCCAUGUAUUGGUAUAGUCUAUAUAUUUAAAUUUUUAUGGAAUUAUAUAGUUUUUGAAAGAUAUAGUCAGUAGACUUUUCAUUUUAUAGAAAUAGAGUAUUUGAGUAUGUUUAUAGGUUUGCACAGGUAUUUCACUAAGGUUAGGCAUUUGGUGGCUUUUAAUUUUUCUUUAUCAUAAUAGUGCUACAGUCUUUUUCAUUUUUCAGUUUGGAGUGACUGUUCAUAGUUAUAAAGCUAACCCAAAAUAAGGAUUUAGAAGAUACUUUAUCAUAUGUGGUCACAGCGUGUUUUGUUUUUGUAAAUUGGAAGACCCUUUAAUGCGAGGAUUUAUUUAUAUUUGGACUAAGGUUCUUGAACUAAUCUCCCAAAGUAUUUUCCACAGAAUUUAACAUAGCUUCUAUAAAAGUGACUUCUUGCUUAUUUGUGGAUCACUCUUACUGCUUAAGAUAAAAAGUCUUGAUUUUUUUAAAUUGGAGAAUAAGAUAUGUAGUAAAAAUUUUUUUCCUGCGUUCAUGUGAGGGAUGUAGUUAAAAAAGUUUCACAGGCUAUUGCUUGUAUUUUCUUGCAGCAUUUCCAGUUAAGAGGUUAUUAGGUAUAUAAUUAUCUUCUUAACUGAAUUUCAGAUGGUGUUAAGGCCACAGGGUGCAGGUAACCCUAGGUCUGUAAGCCCCACUGGUCCGGGGGGUCAUUGUCUAAAUAUAUUAGUAUUAUGCUUCAUCUUGCUUUUUACUUUUUAUUUUUUAAUUUCCAAGUUGUAAGUGUUCCCUCUUUGGGGCAAAUUCUUAUAAAAAUGUUUAUUGUAAAGUUAUAUAUUUUGUCUACAAUGGGAUUAUGCACUUCCCAGUUGGGAUUUUACAUCAGGAUUUUUAGUCAUUCUAAAAAAUACCUAAUUAUUAAAUCAAAAUAUUUAUAGAGUGCCUACUGUAUGCAUGAAUUACUUAUAAGGUAUAUUUUGGAUGACAGCAUAUUGUAAGAAAAAAGAUAAAUAAAACUUGACAUUAGAUUAUAA